AUGCAAUGGUUUGAGGAUGGAGAUAGAAAUACCAGAUUCUUUCAUGGUCUGGUAAAGGGAAGAAGGAAGAGGCUGAAAAUUAACAAAAUGAUGAAAGUAGAUGGUUCCUGGGCUGAGGGUGAUAAAGAGAUUGCAGAAGAGGUGUGUUUUUUUAAAGAUCAGUUCACUAGAGGAGCUACUAAUUCUGAGUUGUCCUUAUUACAAUAUAUACAUCCUCAAGUAGAACAAGAAGAAAAUGAUAGCUUGAUUGCAAUACCACAUGAAGAAGAGAUUAGGAAAGUUGUAUUUGAGCUUAAUGCUCAGAGUGCUUGUGGACCAGAUGGACUUAUACAUGACAUGUUGGAAGGGAUACUGCCAAAACUGAUAUCUCCUUACCAAUCAAAAUUUGUUAAAGGGAGAAAUAUCACUGAAAAUGUGUUGUUGGCACAAGAAAUAAUCUCAGAGAUCAGAAAAAGAGGGAAGCCUGCUAAUGUGGCUAAAUCUUAUGAUGGCGGACUGAAGUUUCUGAUUAGUGCUCAUGGCUUCUUUCACUCCACUAAAGGGGUAAAACAAAGAGAUCCUUUAUCUCCGGCACUUUUUAUAUUAUCAGCUGAAGUAUUAACUAGGGCUCUAAAUCAUCUGUUUUACAACAAUGAGUUUAAGAGCUUUGGUUUACCCAAAUGGAGUGAUCAACUAAAUCAUCUUGCUUAUGCAGAUGAUACCAUCAUAUUCACAUUUGCUGACAAAAAAUCUAUGCAAUUAAUCAUGAAAACUCUUCAGUUGUAUGAAGCUCAAUCAGGCCAACUUAUUAAUAAAGAAAAGAGUCUAUUUUACAUGUUCAACAAGACUGCACAUGUCAUAGUUCAGGAAGUAGAGGAUACUACUGGAUUUAUGAGAGAAAGCUUUCCAUUGACUUAUCUUGGUUGUCCCAUUGAGCAUGCUAAGAAGAAGAAGGAAAUUAGGUGGGAACCAGGAAAUGGUCAGUGUAGUGUUUGGUUUGAUAAUUGGACACAGUUGGGGGCAUUACACUACUACUUGCCUAUUAACCAUGAUCAUGGUCAAUUAGAGGAGGUGCAACCGUUAAUGCUUGUGGAGGGAUGGAAUAACACCUUGCUACAUGAGGAUUUUGCAGAAGAAGUUAGUAAUCACAUCACCUCAAAUUUGGGCAGAAUACAAAGAUCUGAUGAAAGAGACAAGCCAUGGUGGAUGCCUACUAGUACUGGUAAAUUCUCUGUUGGUAGUUCUUUUGAAUCGAAGAUACCUCCUGGAGAUGGAUCUCUUCACAGUGGUAUCAGUUCUUCGGAGCUCAUUCUACGUAGAAGGAAAGAUUCAAGAGGAUUUAUCACCAAGGCUGAUUCUUGA